GUCAGAUCAGUACGAUUCUCUGGAACCCAGCCAGGGCAGUCGGAAGAAGAAAAGGACGUCGAACCUUCUGAUGUACCGGAGGAAUACGAAGAAGCUCUAAAUUUACCCUCAACGAUCCCUUAUCCGCCUUCUUCACCACCGGCAUACACCCCACCAACGGCGCCAAAAUCUGAGGAGCACAAGAGUGCCAUAAAGGGAUCGCUCAACGAACUAAUUAUGUCUAAAGUGACAUUACCUUUCCAACAGAUGAUACGACGAAGCAGCCGCCUUGAAGAAAACAGCGACAGCGACAGCCAGGAGUAUUCUGACUCUGACGGCAAUACCAUCAAUGACUUUAACGAAGAGGAGCUUCAACUGCUGUCUUUCGUUAAUGCCUACCAACCCGAAGAGAUUCGCCCACGUCCCUUGCUGAAGCUGUUUAUCAUGGACUACUUGCCAGCUAUUGGAGACAUCGAUGCGAUGAUCAAAAUUCCCCGUCCAGAUGAAGUUGAGGACAACAUCGGACUCAUCCAGCUCGAUGAACCAGCAAUUCAGCAAAGCGAUCCGACAAUACUUGCGAUGCAACUGCGGCGUGCCAACAGAGACGUAACAACACAAGAUGAUGCUCCCGUAAAGCGGCUUGAACGAGCUGACAAAUCCUCCCACGAAAUCGAUAAGUGGAUCAACAACAUAAAGGAAUUGCAUAGAACUCGACCUUCCCAAACUACCGUACAAUUUCGUGGUCCAAUGCCCGAUAUCGAAAGCCUCAUGCAAGAAUUUCAUUCAAACUUUGAGCACUGCCUGGAUGGAGUGAAGUUACCCACAGCCGAACUGGAUGUUGAUCUCGAAGAGUAUACAGAUAUUUGCCUCGGUCUGCUCGAUAUCCCAAUCUCAAAAAGCCGUAUUCAGUCGCUUCACUGCUUCUUCUCGCUGUAUAGGGAAACUCGACCUUCCCAAACUACCGUACAAUUUCGUGGUCCAAUGCCCGAUAUCGAAAGCCUCAUGCAAGAAUUUCAUUCAAACUUUGAGCACUGCCUGGAUGGAGUGAAGUUACCCACAGCCGAACUGGAUGUUGAUCUCGAAGAGUAUACAGAUAUUUGCCUCGGUCUGCUCGAUAUCCCAAUCUCAAAAAGCCGUAUUCAGUCGCUUCACUGCUUCUUCUCGCUGUAUAGGGAGUUCAAAAGUUCUCAGCACUUCAAAAACUUGGCAACAGAAAAGCGAGAUAAUAUUGACAGAAUGGAGCUAUAA